AAUACCAGCAGGACAGUGCACAAAGUAGAAACCAGGGAGAGUUCCCGAUGCUGCGGGUGCCACAUGAUAGCGGUGGUUUUCAGCGCAGUUUCAGUAUGGGCAACACCCUGAGAGCAGUCAUUGCCUUCAUCCCUUCUGACGGCUGCCAGAAAUACCUUCUGGGCAACCUGGAAGAGAUGCCAGUUGACCGAAUGGUGGAUCUGAGCGGCAGGCAGCUGAGGAGAUUUCCUUUGCACGUUUGUUCUUUCCGGGAGCUCGUCAAGCUGUACCUGAGCGACAAUAACCUGCACCAGCUGCCGCCGGAGCUAGAACAGCUGCAGAACCUCCAGAUCUUGGCCUUAGAUUUCAACAACUUCAAAGCACUGCCCCCGGUGGUGUGCACCCUGAGGCAGCUGUGCAUCCUCUACCUGGGCAACAACAGGCUCUGUGACCUGCCCCAGGAGCUCAGCCUCCUGCAGAAUCUCAAAACCUUGUGGCUCGAGUCCAACUGCCUGCACCACUUGCCCGAGGUGGUGUGUGAGCUAAGCCUCCUCAAGACCCUGCACGCCGGCUCCAACGCCCUGCGCACGCUGCCUGCGCAGCUGUGCGACCUGCAGGAGCUGCGCACCAUCUGGCUCUCCAGCAACCUGCUGGCCGACUUUCCUCCAGUGCUGCUGCACAUGCCCUUCCUGGAGGUGAUCGACGUGGAUCGCAACACUAUCCGGUCCUUCCCCAGCCUGGCUCACCUCCCCGGCCUCAAGCUGGUAAUCUAUGACCACAACCCCUGCCGGAACGCACCCAAGGUGGCCAAAGGGGUGCGCAGAGUGGGGCGGUGGGCAGAGGAGACCCCCGAGCCGAGGAAGCGCUCUGAGCUCGGCAGAGAGGAGGAGACUGACAGCAAGGAACUGCCACCUCCUGCUGAGAAGCAACCCCAGGCCUGCUAAGGAUCAGCCAAGCAGCUCUUGCGGGUGCUAACAAUUUGCCAUCUGUGCCCAUCUCCUCUGGAUCUGUGGGAAUUGCGCAUCUCUGGCUGUUUACAACAAAACUGCCAUUUAAAUAGAGCGUUUCUUCACUUCCUGGUACCUCGGCUGUUAAAUGAAUGCACACAAUAGUGCCUAGACUGGUCUUCAUCACUGUAUUUUGAGAGACCUGUAUGCGCUCAGCUAGUAGGUGUAAAGCUAUUUAAAUAGACGUGCCAUCAAAUUCCUCCCUCUUAUCCCGAAAGCCUCCUUACCUAGGGCUAAAGACCAGCAUGUCCUUUGUACAAUGAGCAGGUGAAAAAUACUUUAUAAAGCUGACCCGUUGAAGGGACACUACGGAUGUGCAUCUAGCAAAAUCCCUUUUAUUCCAAAUGCCACCUGAGGAAGCAUGACUGAGCUUUUCCUUCCGCGAUCACACUGCAGCCUCCCGAGUGAGCACUCGCUGCUGUGCCCGGAUGGAGCACAAGAAGUAUUUCUCACGCAAGUGGUAAAAGGAGCCUCACAGCUUGUCAAGAUCCCCUCUUCUGCCUGGAACGAGGGUGUAGGAAAUAUCACUGGACUGGCCCCAGCUAACACUGAACAUGACUAGACUAGCCAGAGAGAGAAUGAGGGUUUUUUGGUUUUGUUUUGCCAGCACUUUAUGCAGAGUCAUUUCUCCCUUCAGCGGGGUGGCUUUUCAAAGCUGCAAAAGGAUUUGCUUUCAUUUGGACGCUUUGAUUGUAAAACUACAAGAAUCGGCAGGGUGACUUGCAGGUGUAAAACCGCAAUAGGCCCCAACUCUGUAAACAUACCAAUGUUCACCUAGAGCUAGCCCUUGCCUUCCACAGGGCUACUCCCUUCCUAAUGUUUGUGCAGCUGAGGCCUGUGCUUCUGCCACCACACUUGGAAAUUUACUCAAUUGCAGGCUGAUUGUGCCCCUUUAAAUUAAAAGGCACGUUUUGCACAAAUGUGCCCUAGGUAACAAUAAUUGACUCAAAAUGGGUGGAAGUGAUGUCUACUAAGGAGUCACUUGCCAUGACUGUUCUUUUGAAUUCAUAGUGCCUUUUGUACUCAGCACCAAGCUUGCUAUGUUAAUGGGAGCGUCACUGGACCUGAACAGCUGCCUGUCUUAAUCUCCUUAUCAGCACAAUAUGCAAAAAUCAUAGUUAACUUUCCAUAAAGCAGUUGAUUUAGUGAUUAAUGCCAUUUACAUUCUUAAAAGAAUAUUUGGGAAGUAGAGAACCAGUUCGUACUUUCUGUCUUAUUAAAGUUAAGUCUGGAUUUGGA